CCUCCCCCGCUCCUUGCCCACUGACGUCACCGUGUUUGCGGCCUCCAUCUUGAAGCCGCGGCCUCAGAGUCCGGUCCUCCCGCCCCGGGCAGCGGCCUCCCCGGUAUCCGCCUCCAUCCGGAGCCCGGGACCAGCAGUGGCCAGGGCGCAGCAUGGCGGGAGCUGGCGGAGGCAAUGAUAUUCAAUGGUGUUUUUCUCAGGUGAAGGGAGCAGUGGAGGACGAUGUAUCCGAAGGGAAGUUGAUUAUUUCCUGUUGGCGCAUUGUUUAGCAGCUGAUAUCAUAUCUACAGUAGAAUUUAAUCAUUCUGGAGAAUUAUUAGCCACUGGAGAUAAAGGAGGACGAGUGGUCAUUUUCCAGCAAGAGAGUAAGAGUCCAUAUCACAGAGGGGAAUAUAGUGUAUAUAGCACUUUCCAGAGCCACGAGCCUGAAUUUGACUACUUGAAGAGUUUAGAGAUUGAAGAGAAGAUCAACAAGAUCCGGUGGCUACCACAGAAGAAUGCAGCACAGUUCCUGUUGUCUACAAAUGAUAAAACUAUCAAGCUGUGGAAAAUCAGUGAACGUGACAAAAGACCAGAGGGUUACAAUCUGAAGGAAGAGAAUGGGAGAUACAGGGAUCCAACCACUGUGACCACGCUCAGGGUGCCAGUAUUCCGCCCCAUGGACCUGAUGGUUGAAGCAAGUCCUCGUAGGAUAUUUGCCAAUGCCCACACGUAUCACAUCAAUUCUAUCUCUGUCAACAGCGACUAUGAGACUUACUUGUCAGCAGACGACCUGCGCGUCAACCUUUGGCAUUUGGAGAUCACAGACAGGAGCUUUAACAUCGUAGAUAUCAAACCUGCCAAUAUGGAAGAGCUGACGGAGGUGAUCACAGCAGCGGAGUUCCACCCACAUCACUGCAACACUUUUGUAUACAGCAGCAGCAAAGGCACCAUCCGUCUUUGUGACAUGCGGGAGUCCGCACUGUGUGAUCGCCACUCCAAGUUGUUUGAAGAGCCAGAAGAUCCCAGCAAUAGGUCAUUCUUCUCAGAGAUUAUAUCUUCUAUAUCGGAUGUCAAGUUCAGCCAUAAUGGCCGAUACAUGAUGACGAGGGACUACUUGUCUGUCAAAAUCUGGGACUUGAACAUGGAAAGCCGUCCGGUGGAAACAUAUCAGGUACAUGAAUACCUCAGGAGUAAGCUCUGCUCUUUGUAUGAGAAUGACUGUAUCUUUGACAAGUUCGAGUGCUGUUGGAACGGACCUGACAAUGUUGUCAUGACCGGCUCCUACAACAACUUCUUCCGAAUGUUUGACCGCAACACCAAACGUGACAUCACCCUGGAGGCUUCGCGGGAGAACAGCAAGCCCCGCAUGGUGCUGAAACCACGUAAAGUGUGCGCCAGCGGCAAACGAAAGAAGGAUGAGAUCACGGUGGACAGUCUGGACUUCAAUAAGAAGAUCCUGCAUACAGCCUGGCAUCCUAAAGAGAACAUCAUUGCUGUGGCGACCACCAAUAACCUGUAUAUAUUCCAGGACCGAGUAAAUUAGUACUGGCCUUUUCCGUGUGGGACAGUCCUUAGUCCACCUAGUUUCGAUAGUCAAGCCUAGAAUCCAUACCCUGUUCCAAAACAGAAGAAAACUUCUGACAGUGCGGGAGCUUUUGCCAGUUCCUCCCCAUUCUGACUUUUCCAGUGUUUAAGGUGCCAUCGAAUAUCCUUUUUAUAGCUGCGCGGGGAAAACCCCUGCUCCUGCUGUUUUCUUGCCCUGUGAGGGUAAUAGCAGGGUUUACUGUAUUUUUUUUUUUUUUACUUUUUAAACCAUCUUGCCUGAUGUGUAGACUUAAUUGUUGUCUUUUUUUUAUUUUGUGAUGUCAAUUGCAGUACCAGCCUGCACUCUGUAUGGUUCUUUCUCUAGGACUAGAGAUUGGUGAGGCUGGGUUUAAUCUCUGUAACAUUAUACAUUUAUUUUUCUCCCCCUUGCAAAGUCCGUUGGUUUUUUUUUUUUUUUUUUAUUCUUAUUCACUCCAUUUUCUUUUAAUGUAUUUUUUUUUUUUUUUCUGCAGCUUGUACCUUUUUUUGGACCUCUCCAAUUUUUCUCUCUCUCCCCCUUGCUAUCUCCUUAGGAAUCCUUUCUUCCAUACUUCCUGUAUCACUUCCUGCUCUUCCUCAUCCUACCCUGCGCUGGUGUAAAUCCAACCGCUCGAAAGCACACAGGGAAAUGGGUUGACCGUGGCAGGGUUGGUGGCAUGUGUGUGCGGGGGGGAGGGGAGGGUGGAACAAGGCUAUUACCGAGGGUUGUGUCCUGGUCUCUCAUUUUAAUGACGACCUGACUGUAAUCACUUCUUGCCUUGUUUGGCGACGAAAAGGGGGAAAAACAAAAGGACUUAAAAAUAAAAAAAGCCAAAAAACGAAGGAUAAAAACUACUGAAUAAAAGACAAAUGAAAAAAUUA